AUGUCAACACCCACCAANAAGGAUCAACUCGCCGCCAGGAUUGCACACCUGAAACUGCGUCUCGCACCUCUCGUACCCCUUCCAACCGGCGCACCCCACCCAGAUUUCCCUCAAACACUGCUCGAUUACCAUCUCCUGAGCGAGGAACAACUCGAUGCCAUCGCCUCUUACUACCAUCAAUCCACCCCCAGCAUCUACACACACCAGUACCCAGCCUGCAUGAACUGGGACAAGGAAAUGCUAGCUAAGCGCCGCGCCAGCGUAGCCCAACACCUGCGCUCCGCAUCGCAGGUAGAAAGCAAUCAAUGGUGGGAGAGCCUGUUGGCUGCCGAGGAAGCAGACAAUGCGAUUAUGGUCAAGAGACGACCGAGUGUACAGUUUGCAGAGGGCUUUACAGAUGCAGAGAGAAUUGCCAUUAAGAGGCGCAAGUUUGGAAAGUUUGUUGGGUUGAUGAAUUGUGAGACGCCGGUUGAGGAGAUUGAGGGUCGUUUGAGGGCGUCGAUGGANAAGGCAAUUCUGCUUGCGCAGGAGGAGUUGAGGAGGGCUGAGGAAUGGGAGCUUAGGCGGCCGAAGAUGGUGUGA